AUGUUCCUGCCCCAGAGAUCUCUGCAGAUGGUUAAGUUCUUGGCAAUUCUCUUUUUUGCCUGUUUUGCAACAUGUCAAGACACUGAAAAUAAAAGAGCAGUGACAGAGCAUCAGCUCAUGCAUGACAAAGGGAGGGCAGUUCAGGGGCUGAAGCGUCUGAUGUGGCUGCACAAUGCCCUGGGAAACGUGCACACUGCUAGCAGCAGGGAUAUUUCCCUUUCAAAUGCCAUGUGGGAUUCACAGAAGAGCCAAAAUCCCUCAGAAGUCUACAGCAGCAUCGACAGGGAGAUUUCCAGCCUGAGGAAGCAGCUGCUGGAACUGAUGGAUGAAGAGCAGGGCUUCCCCCUGCUGAAGCAGCUGGACUUGCUACGGUAUGCAAAGACCCCAGAGGGUAACUGGAACCCACAAGACCUUUUCAAUCUCUUUCAAAUCGAAGAGUUGGGCAGCAAGAGAAGUCCUAGCACCCAGCCACAGAACUACUCCCACUAGCCUCAGUCCAGCUCAGGCUGUCUGUUGCUUUAGACAGAAGGUAUUUCUCAGUGAGGUUCAAACUCAAG